UUAAGGCCUCCCACGCCUCCUAGUGGGCCCACUCUGGGUUCACUACAUCACAGUUGGUGUCAGAAGCGGCGGCCACCCGGAAGAGAAUGAGGAGGAGAAGGCUGGGUCUACGAUCUGCUGUGAAGGACGCAGCUAGGCGUAGACUGUCGUCUGGUGGAGAAGAGACAGCUACGGAGCGUCCCAGCACCAGUGAGCCUUCUACGCAGUCCAGUGAGGGCAUGGCGAGUAUGAUGAGGGAUUUCCUCAAGGCGCAGCAAACAAGAGAGGAGCUGUUUCUUCGUGAGCUGCGGGGACUCCGUGAGUCGAUACGGCCAACGGAGCUGACAACGCCAUCGCCCAGUAGAGUAUCCACAGUGGAGACAUCACCCCCACCUACCCCACCACCACCCAUACAGUCAACCGACCGACGAGCCGCACAGACACGUCGCCCGGAGACACCGAUGCCACCCUUACAGCCGGGAGAUGACAUCGAAAGCUACCUGCGACGAUUUGAACGUCUGGCCCGAACGUGGCAGUGGCCUCGGGAGGAGUGGAGCUGUCGGCUGGUGCCAUUGUUGACUGGUCGAGCGCUGGAGGCAUACCUAGCGAUGGAUGAGGUCAGUGCAGAUGAUUACGUUCAACUAAAAGACUCUCUUCUGCAGAAGUAUGACAUCUCUGCUGAGACCUACCGGCAACGCUUCAGGGCUGCUACACUACCUGAAGGGGAGUCGCCAACGGAGACGUAUCAUCGCCUGAGACAUCUGUAUCAGCGCUGGGUGAGACCAGAUCAAAAUACAAAGGAGGAGAUCGGUGAGCAGAUCAUCAUGGAGCAACUGCUGAGGGUCAUGCAACCAGACGCCAGAACGUGGGUUAAAGAACAUGAGCCGAACUCGGGACUGACAGCAGCAAAGUUGGCCCAACAGUACAUGAACGCUCAUCGCCCCGGCCUGCGCACGCAACCUUCGAAAGGUAGAGCACGACACACAUUUCACAACACUGACAAUCAGCACUCGCAUGAACUUGAGACUGAACGUUCACAUACACUGAUCUGUUAUGCAUGUCAGCAAAAGGGACACAAAGCAUCUGUGUGCCCAGCCCGGAAAUCGAAGCUGACAGGGUUUUGCUAUGCACCCAGAGAGGGGGAUGCUAACAGUGACUUUGAUGUGGGACAAAAUGUUGAUUUGUUGGACAUUACUGUGAAUGGUUUUGAAUUGAAAGCACUGCUUGAUACAGGAAGUUCGAUUUCCCUGAUCAAAUCAUGUCAUGUCUUUAAUGUUGACUAUACUAACACCACGGAAGUACAAUGUAUUCAUGGGGAUAUAAAGAGGUAUCCGAAAGCAGAGGUACUUGUGGGCAUUCAAGAUCAAAUGUAUUUAAUGAAUGUUGCAGUUGUCACUAACUUACCUACAGACAUGAUUUUAGGAAGAGACCUCCCAGUACUAAAUGAACUGUGUGUUGAAUCUACCAAAAAGAUCUUUGAAGGUGGGAAUGUAGAUGAAAUUACAUGUACUGUUAUGACACGUUCAAAAGCUGGUUUGCAACCACUACCAGACUUGGACAGUAGUUUGCUACAGGGUGGGACUAAGGCCCCAAAGAAAACUCGUCAGCAGAAACGGCUGUUAAAGCAUCUGGGUUCUCCAGUACCCAAACCUGAUACAAGUGGUCUGGAGGUGAGGGACUGGCAGAUCCCAGAAAACAUUGCUGAACUCUAUCACACACACUUCCAUGGGCAGGACAUUUAG